CCGACCUUGUCAUUAACUCUUAUCGAGAAACAAUUGGAGAAUUCGAGUGAAUUCUAAUUGUUCGUCCCGCUUGAAACGAUGUCCGGACUUGUUGACGCUACCACGGUACCUAUGUGGGUGAAAUAUGUGGUUUUGUUUACGACUGGAGGCACUGCUCUGAUGUACCUGGAAGGGGCUUACCGACGUUAUAUUGUCAGACAGGUUAUCCGAAAAAGAAAAGAGAAAGCACAAAUGGCGAUGGAACGUGUGCGUACACAAGUGAACGAACAACAGGUGGAUGGUAAGCUGUCUGCCGACAUUUUAAACAUGACAGCAGUGCAACUCCAAACUGCUCUACAGGCCGGAAAAGUAAAAGCUGUCGACGUUCUCCAGACAUACCAGAAAAAAGCGAUUCAGGAGAACGACAGAUUCAAUUUCAUUUUGGAACCUAUUCUGGAAGCAAGGGACUUAGCGGAGGCACGUGAUCAACAACAGGACAAUAAAAAAAAAUUACAUGGAAUUCCAAUUAGUGUCAAAGAAAGCUUUAAUUUUAAGGGUCAGGAUACCACCGGCGGAUGUGCGUCAUUGAUAGGAAAACUGGCACGUGAGGACGCCGUACUCGUCCAGGUGCUGAAGGACCAGGGGGCUGUUCCUUUUGUAAGAACCAAUAUCCCACAGACAAUGUUGAGUUUCGACUGUUCCAACCCUAUCUACGGUAAGACCCUCAACCCUCACGACCCUACCCGUACCCCCGGGGGUUCGUCCGGUGGGGAAGGGGCGAUCCUCGCUUCAGAAGCCUCCAUUUUAGGACUUGGAUCAGAUAUUGCUGGAAGCGUGCGGAUACCUUGUCAUUUCUGUGGUGUUACAGGACUGAAGCCAACUCAUGGAAGAUUAAGUACAAAGGGGAUGCUAAGUUUCUCAUCGCAUCAAAAUAUUGUAAGCGCAGUGGGAGGUCCGAUGGCCCGUGACGUGGAUGGCGUGGUACUAUUGAUGAAAGCUCUCCUGUCUCCCCUUCAUUUCAAACUGGACCCGUCUGUACCGCCGAUUCCAUUUCAAGAUAAGGAGUACGCUGACACCAGACGUCUCCGUAUCGGGUAUUACACCAGCCACGGGUAUGUGGACCCUGUCCCGGCGUGCACGCGGGCAGUCCUCAUCACAAAGGAGGCGCUGGAACAGAAAGGACAUACGCUUAUACCAUUCGAGCCGCCUAGAAUACCCUACGCCAUUUCCCAACUGUAUAUGAAAGUAGUCUGUGGAGACGGAGGGAAGUCUGUAACCGAGUAUAUGGAAGAUGACGUAGUAGACCCCAGUAUGAGUAUGAUGAUGUUCAACAAUCGUCGGUCACACCCAGUCCGGCAUUUUCUCGCGAGUCUGGCCGGAUGGCUGUCUAACGACAAGACGCAUGAGCAGAUGCUUAGAUCUAUGAUUGGCUGCAAAUCAGUACAUGAGUGGGGGAAACUGUACGGAAAAGUUCGUCAAUACAAAGAUGAGUUCUACGACGCCUGGACACGUCAGAAGCUGGAUGUUGUUAUCUGUCCUCAGUUUGGCUUCGUCGCUCCUCCGUACGGCUACCUAUUUAAAACAUUUGGCGGAGGUAUAUUUGCCCCUAUAUAUAACCUACUUAAUUACCCCGCUGGGUGCCUCCCAGUGACCGCAGUAUCAGCCAAUGACAUUGAUGGCAUGAAGAACUAUCCAGAAAACACAGCGUUCGAGAAAAAUAUCAAAAAGGUAACUGAAGGAUCCGAGGGUCUACCUGUGGGACUCCAGGUGGUAGGCCAACAAUGGCAGGAGGAACUCGUCCUAAGAGUUAUGAAGGAGAUAGAGGAAGCUAUUAAGUCCUAACAGGACCGUGACCUAACAGGACCGUGUCCUACCGCCCUUCAAACUUCUGCUCUUCGUACUGAUCGUGGGAAACAGACUUAACUAACACAAGCUAAUUAUAAGCGAUUUACAUUGUUAUCUUUCAAGACAAACGAGAAGUCAGCAUGCUAGAUACAUUUUCCCUCCCUGUGAAUGCUGUAGGGAUCUUUCGUCCGACCGUCUUUUCCACCGUGGAGUUAAGUACCUCAAAAUAACUUGCAUGUAUUAUUCUGAAAGAAAAAGAGACGCAUUCAAUAUUAAGAAAAGUUGCACAUAUAUCCGCUAGAUACACACACGCUCAUCCAUGUUGUGUUAUAAAUAAGUAUUACCUAUAACCUUAUCUUAAACAAGUUGUGAUAAUAUAUUAGUUGUAAUGUACGUAUUUAAGUUCAUGUGCAAGUUUCGUCUUACAGGUAUUAUAUCUCACUCACAAAUGUACAUAUAUAUAUAUAUCGUAAAUCGUACUGUUUAUUAACCAUUGAUCGCCAUAAUUUAAGCAUAUAUAACGUAUUCAUUCACAUUUAAACGACAAGGAAAUGGAUACAAAUAAAUAAUCAAAUUAAAUUAUUCAAUCUGGAAACUAAAAUGUGCCGUGUUUGCGUUUG